ACUAGGCAUCCAGCAAGUCGAAAAGGUCACAAGCCGUGUAGCGCUCGCUACAGCUUGCGCUAGUCUUCGCAGAGCUUUUAUCGAGACCCGCGCUGGGCGGGAGCUGGCGAGCUGCAAAAGCGCUGAAAGCGAGCCGUAUAAUAUUGCCUACAAGGCACUCUCAGCAAUUUGAUCAAAGAGCUGCAGGAAUGGCGAACGAGACACCUGCGGUGCGCGAAACUCUGUCGAGGGAUGCUGAGUUACUCGAACCCUUGGCCUCGGAGGCGGCGGCGGAGGCGCCGCCGAUGGCGCCCGCCUUCGUCAUGGGGCCCGACGGCCUGAUGUACCCGGCGCCGCCCGCCUACGACCCCUACGCGGCUAUGCCCAUGUACGGCGGGCCCAUGUACCCCGGCGCCUACGCGCCGCCGCCUCCAAUGGCGCUCGCGCCGCCGCCGCCGGACACAAUCUUCCAGGGCACGGUGACGAACUUCGGGAACUUUAACAAGGACGGCAGGGCCUCCAGGCACUGCUACGGGUUCAUCAAGAUCGACCAUUCGGGGAAUGAGGUCUUUGUGUCGGAAGAGGACGCGCCGGACGGUUACUUGUCGCAGGGCGACCGCUGCAAGUUUAGAAUUGUCGACGCGAGAACGAAGAACCGACGGACGGGCGCGCCCCAGUGGAAGGCCACGGACGUCGUCUGCAUCCAGCGGGCGGAGUUCAUGGGCCCGAUCCAAAUCAAGGCCAUCGACCGCGAGCUCGUGGAUCUUGUCGAAGCGAACGGCGGCGAGAUGCGCGUCACGCGCUUAGCUGAGCGAUACGUGGAACGCCACGGCAAGCCCCUCGACGUCAGGGCCGUCGGCUACAAAGAUCUUAGGCAGUUUGUCAUGAGUUCACGAAGGUUGAUUUACGACCCCAGAGUCAGCCCCGGGGAACCCACCCUCGGCGGCCUCGUUCGCUUGGCGCCUGGCUCGGCUAAGCAACGAGAUGCGGAGCUCAAGGCGCGCGAGCAGGCGCUGAUAGAGCGGGAGGAGGCCCUGGCGAAACGCGAGGCCGACGCGCGCGACUUCCCGCCGCUCAAGAGUUCGCCGGCGGCGCCACGGGAGCCCGGCGUCUCCGAGGCGAUGCGCCACCUCAGCCUCGAGCCGAAGCGCGACGAGUCGAAGACGGAGCCGGUACCCGCGGGCUACACGGUCGUCGCGGCCGUACUGCAGCACCUCGACGAGACGCGGCUGUUGCCGACGUUCCUGGCGCAGCAGAUCGACGACGCCGCGCUACCGUAUCUAGAGCCGACGGAUCUGAUUGAGCUCGGCGUCGCGCCGAUGACGUGUCUGGCGAUCCUGGGCGCGUCGGCCGCGGGCGGGAAGCAGAAGAAGCUGGAGACGCAGGACGUGCUGCACGACGUCGCGACUCAUCAAUCUGUGCUGGAAAAGGAGCUGGCGGAGCACCGGGCCGAGCUGCAGAGGCUACGCAUAUCGACCGCCGAGCUUCCCGAGGACAUGUGUUGCAGUAUCACCUGCGAACUGAUGAAAGAACCGUACCUAUGUGUCGGAGACUCGCACACGUACGAGCGAGUCGCUAUUGAGCAGUGGUUCGCGACUGGAGCGCGUACCUCGCCGACGACGAACGAGCGGCUCGAUAAUCUCACGCUCGUCCCGAAUCACGCCAUGCGGCGCCUCAUCUUGGCGCUGCUCGAGCGCCGCCGCGACGCGAGCGGCGCGGACGAGACGAAGGGUCCGUCUUGAGCCCUGUGCAUGUGUAUAAGAAGUGUAGUAGUCGU